UCCCAUAAUGAAGCCGAGAUUUACCGGCUGCUGUUAGGAGAAGGUUUGAUUUUUCCAGGGGAUGUCAGGACAUAACUCAGCUGUUCGAAUCCAUUCACGUAUUGAUUUGUUGCCAGGUGGGAGUACCAUCCGGAAUCUGUUUUUCUUCCUAUGUUGCCAUUUUUCAUGUCGCCGUCGCUUCUGUCAGUUCUCAUUUAACGACCGCUGUAGAGCAUUUGGAGUAUUUAUUUACUCUUGAGUACUCAAUAAACACAAUUACAGAUAAUUGGUAUCACCACUCUUUCCUCCGGGUGGGCGCUCCGGUUUUCCUCCCACAUUCCAAAAACAUGCAACUUUAAUUGGAUACCCUAAAUUGCCCCUGGGUGCGACUGUGGGAGCGGCUGUUUGUCUCUGUGUGCCCUGCGAUCGGCUGGCGACCUGUUGAGGGUGUACCCCGCCUCUUUACCGUUGACGGCUGGGGUGGGCUCCAGCGCUCCCCGCGACCCUCGUGAGCAUAAGCGGUGAAGACAAUGGAAGGAUGGAUGGUAUCGCUACUUACCCAUCGCUAACCAGAUAUUUCGUUUUUGCAGUUUUCAGUUCCCGAUGCUGCUAUUAUGGAACGCGGCGAAUUUGUGGCGCAAAUUGAAACUCGGUCCGUGUUCCGCUUUCGUCAGCAAGCGAGUCUUCCCAUCUUUCCUCUUGGAUCGACUCCGUCCCACGUGGUGACCCUGAACAGGAUAAGCGCUAUAAGAAAGGGACAAGAUGGAUGAUUGACUGGAUGGUUCUGCCAGCCUGGGGUCCGGAAUGACCGAAUCCGCUUCCUUGCGCUAUCAAAUUUUGGAGGUUUUUGUUAUUAGCGCUCCGAGCGGCGCGCUAAUGACCUCGAACAGACGCAGGCGGAAAAUAUCCGACAAGACGUGGCUUUGUGUCUGCAAAUGGCUUCUCUCAUUCGAUUUGGGCGAGCCUGGCAGCUCUACGCGUCGUUAGCGCAGCGCGCCGUUGCCAGGCCCGAGACGCGGAUGAGGUCAUGUCUCUGAGAAAGUCCGUAUCGCGCAAAGAGGCCCGCUGGUGGGACCUUGUAAUCCUAUCAUGAACCAUUUACUCUUAACAGGUGCUGGAAUAUGCGCUUUGCGAUCAACCCCAAAUGUACAGAAAUGUCAUUUUGAAUCAUAUCUGCGGAGGUAUAUUUUUGUAUAUGUACACGAAAACAAGAUCCUGGUCUAGCGGGUCGUGUUAUGCAGGAUAGCAUGAAGUGUAGUUCGUUAAUGUUGUUACUUCCUGCGAAAAAAAAAAAAAAAAAAAAAACCUGCAGACAGCCCCCAAGGGAUGACAAAGCACAAACAGCCCCCCCCCCCCAGCAGAGAGCCCGCAAAGUUCACCACUUCCUUCCUGUCUGUUGGAGAUUGCGAUCUGGGAUGCGUACGAGGCGACAGCAACCGUGUCGACAUCAAACAUUCGCACACAAGCAGACUGUCGCAGUCCAGCGUCGACUCCGGACUCGGAAGCUUCGAGGGCAGGCCGGGACCGAGAACAGAUCUGUGUGGGAGUGAAAAGAACAACACGAGCGCAGACUCGCGGCGGGAUACGAUCGAGCCUCUCCUCCAGCGGCUGAAGGCGGCGGCUGCAGGUAGCUCCGAGGCCUCGCCGGAGAAUCUGUGCGACUUGUGCGUGGGCCUCUACGACGCCCUGGCGGCGUCGGGCACGCUGGGCGCUCACCGCAGCAAAAGGCGAUCCAGCAUCCUGCGAACGCUCUUCCGACUCAUCGACCUCGACUCGCCGCCGCUGCACAUGCGCGUCUCCGAGCUGUGCCUCGCCUUACAUGUCAGCGGGAACAACCUGCUCAACAUCUGCAAGCUCAUCUUCCAGAUCAGUCGCAGUGAAGCCAACGACGUCCUCUUCCAGAACAACUCGGUCCUCGACUCGCUGCUGGGACUGUUGCUGCGCGAGGAUGCGUCCGUGUGCGGCGAAGCGCUGUUCUACUGCGCCGGCACGCUGAAAUUUCUCUCCGGGAACGCCUCCGUCGUCCGCCACCUGCUGGAGAAGGACUGCGUGAGCGUGGCUCGCGAUUUCAUCCAGAAGCUCUGCGCGGUGGACGACGCCCACGUCGCCAUCGCCGGACACAUCCUCGUACAGAUGACCGCCGCCCUGAGGAAUCUGGCCGACCACCCCGAAGCCCGUCCCCUCUUCGUCUCCCGCGCCGUGAUCGCGGAACUCUGCACGGUUCUGCGGCGCCAUCGCCAGGACCGAGACGUGUGCACCAACGUUUCUCGGAUCUACAGUAAACUCUCCUCGUACGCGGAGUGCCGCCUCGCCCUGGCGCAGACCCCCGACUGCUACCAACUAUUUUUAGAACUCCUGAGCAAACACCGCCAAAAACAGGACCUCGUCGUGCGUCUCCUCUUCACGCUGGGCAACCUGACGGCCGAGAGCGACGAGGCGCGCGUCCGCCUCUUCCGCUGCGAGACGUCCGCCGACAUCCUCCUGCGGCUCUACGACUGCUACCAGUCGAGAGAGGAGGUGGCGGAGGAAUCGCCGCCGCCGCCGCCGGCCAGCGUGCGGGAGGCGGAGGACGUGCUGGUCAAGCUGGUCCGGGUGCUGGCCAACAUGUGCAUCCACGAGGAGGUGGGCGCGGCGCUGGCCCGCAACACCACCUGCGUCCGCCUGCUGAUGGAGACACUGGAGCUGAGGUCCGUGGAAUCGUCCGAGGCGCUGACGGUGAACGCGGCGGCCGCCAUCAACAACCUGACGUUCUACCACAGGGAAAGCGCCGCGCUCCAACGCAGCCAGCUGGCCAUCGCCCGCCUGAUGCUGAAGUUGAUGCUCAGCGCCAACAUGGCCGCCACGCUGGAGGCCACGCGCGUGUACGGGAACUUGUCGCAGUCCGGGGAUGUGCGCGACUUUCUCAUGCAGAACAAAGUUCACAGGUUUGCGGUGGCGCUGUUGGACUCCAAGAACCCGGACGUGUGCUUCUCGGCCUGCGGGGUCCUCACCAACCUGGCGCUCGACCCUCCCAACAGAGCCAGUCUCGCGCUCGAGGGGGCCGCCACCAAGCUGACGGACUGCCUGAGAGACUUGGGAGCGGGUGACUGGCAGCUGUCGGCUCAGCUGUGCCAGGCCCUGUGGAACCUGAGCGGCGGAGACGGCCUCGGGGAGCUGCUGGAGGCCCGGGACAGCAAAUUGCUGCUGGAGAUCCUCACGUCCUAUUUGGACGAAGACAAAGCCCUCAAGUGGACUGAAAAUGGGGACUACCGCAGGGCGUCAUGGGAGUUGGAGUUCUGCCCCGUCGCCCAAAAACUUUAUCAUACCUGGUCAGUGAAAUAUGAAUAAUAUCCUUGUAUAUCACCAAUAUAUAUCAUCUCUAUGUACUGUACUUAAUUUAAUUUUUUUCCCGUCUUUUAAAACUCGCCAUCAUGUGACUGUUUUUAAAGCACUUUAUAAAGUCUGGCGCCGCAUAUCUUUACAACACUUUUUUGCACAUCUGAAUAACAAAACGGGUUUGGUUUGGCCAGCGUGCGUGAGCGCAACUUUCAUGGAAAUUGACGAGUCACAUUUUCCCCUCGCUAAGCAAAUGUUUUAUUGACAUGUAAACAAAUAAUAAAAAAAAAAAGCACAGGAGGAAGAAAGGAAUGUUGUCGCCUCAAAACCUUUUAUUAUUAUUGUCAUUUUUUUUUUUUCAUGUUACACAGACACUGGGGGGUGCUUACAAGUCGCCCGGAGUACAGCAUUUUUCAAAGUCACGUGGUUGUUACAUCAACACAAAUCAGGAAAACAGCACUUCAUGUAUCAAGAUUAAAAACAACCUUUACAUCUCAUCAAAACAUUACUCAUGAUACAAAAUAUUAGCCGGCUUUUUUUUUUUUUUUUAAUUUUUAAAA